GUAUCAGAAUGGUCACAUCAGGUUGUCGUGCCGCGCGAAGAGACGGGAGGGACGGCGGUGCAGGAAGAGGAUGACUGGCAGGAAAUGCCUGCUUUCGCCACCCACAGAAUUUACGAUGAUUGGGGCAAGGUGCUUGCAAAGGGCUACGGUGAAGAGGACGACGAGGAGCAGGUCGGCUACAGCCAACUCGGUGGAGCGGGUAAAGGCUAUACGAGAGUGCAAGUGGACGAUGAUGCCCAAAGUGCGACCAGCAUGGACGACAACACCGCCUACCUAUUCAAGGAGCCCCAUGCCAGUAACGUACUGGACGAGGAUGAAGAGGGCCGUGAUGCCGUCAGUCAAAUGCAGACCACUAAAGAACUCCUGACCGAAGGCCAACGGGUGGCAUAUGUAGGUCUUGUCCGGCUUUCAAUUGCGAAAAUGCUGGCGGAUCUCCGUACGAUUCCACUCACGAAGAAGACAAGGAAGCAAACAGACUACGCGACGGAGGCGAUGAAGAUGUGGGGCCAGAAGAUGAUGGUGCGGCUGUACACACACAUGGACAUUGACGCAGCGGAGCAGUUGAUGGUGGAACAAUUGGGCGAGCAUGGCGUGCUGGCAAGCGAUCUCACUCCAACGCUGAUGCAGAAUGCAAGGGUGAGGAACCCAGCUGCUGCGCAGAGUGAAACAUCAUCCAUCCAUUCUGCACGACCAUCCAUGAGCUCCCCUCGACCAUCGACUUCUGCAGAACCGCGGCAGUCCAUCUCGAGACCGACUACCCCUGCACCGAAGCCUAAAACGCCACCACCGCCAACGUAUGCACAUUCAGCUGCUCAAGAGCCUCCCCCUGAGUAUCACGACCAGAAUGUAGAAGACAUGACCAUCCAGAAGCCGGAAGAAUUGGGUACUGGAAGAGACUUGGACCUAGAUCUCCGCUGGACUGUCUUGUGCGACCUCUUUCUCCUUCUCAUCGCGGACAGCACAUACGACGCGCGAUCCAGAACACUUCUCGAACACGUCGGCGAAGCUUUAUCCGUCGGCUGGCAAGAAGUGUGUCGGUUCGAAAAGCGUGUGACUGACGCGCUGGAGAUGCAAGAACAGGCCGACAAAGAGAACUGGAAUGAGCAAGAGCAUUUGGAAGAGAGGAGAAAGGCGGCGAGAAACAAACGACUGAUGGUGAUGGGCAUCUGCACUGUCGGAGGCGGUCUGGUGAUCGGAUUGAGCGCCGGCCUGCUCGCUCCAGUCAUCGGCGCCGGUCUGGCAGCCGGCUUCACUGCAGUUGGCGUGUCCGGCACUUCGACGUUCCUUGGUGGUGCCGGCGCGGCUGCAAUGAUCGGAGGCGGUGGAGCGUUGACGGGCGGCAUCAUCGGUGUUCGCUCGUCAAACAGACGGACAGGCGCUGUGCGAACUUUCGAGUACCGGCCUCUGUUCAACAACAAGCGGCCCAAUCUCAUCGUCACCGUAUCUGGCUGGAUGACGGGAAAGGUCGACGACGUGCGCUUGCCGUUCUCUACCGUCGAUCCCAUCAUGGGUGAUGUCUACUCGGUGAACUGGGAGCCUGAAAUGCUGCAAUCCACAGGACAGACGAUCCAGAUCUUGGCCACGGAAGCGUUGACACAAACGAUCCAGCAAAUACUGGGAAUGACGAUCUUGACGACUUUGAUGGCGGGGCUGAACCUACCUCUCGUUCUCACCAAGCUAUCAUACCUGAUCGACAACCCAUGGACCGUAUCUCUCGUCCGUGCGGAUGCAACGGGCUUGAUUCUGGCCGAUUCACUGAUCGAUAGGAACCUCGGCGUUCGCCCGAUCACGCUCGUUGGCUUCUCGCUGGGUUCUCGGGUCAUCUUCUCCUGCCUGAAAGAGCUCGCCCGCAAGGGCGCCAUCGGCCUGAUCCAGAACGUCUAUCUCUUCGGCUCUCCCAUCGUCACCAAGAAGGAAGACUACAUCUCCGCGCGCAGCAUCGUAUCCGGCCGCUUUGUCAACGGCUACGCCACGAACGACUGGAUCUUGGGCUACCUCUUCCGCGCCACUUCCGGCGGCAUCAUGCGCGUGUCGGGCCUGAGUUCCGUCGACGUGCCUGGCAUCGAGAACAAAGACGUCACCGAGAUUGUCACCGGGCACAUGGCAUAUCGCGCGAUGAUGCCGAAAUUACUGGAAGAAGUCGGGUGGAUGGUAGACGGACUGGAGUUCAGCGAAAUCGAGGACCCAGACCCGGAGAACCAUGAAAAGCGGCAGCGGGAGCUGCUCAAUGAAAUCGAGGCCGCGAGGCAGGAGCUCGAGGACGGGCAGAAGGAGAAGGAGAAGAAGGGGGGCUUGAAGGCGUUCUUUUCUCGGGGGAAGAAGGCGCCGUCCCGCAAGGAGUGGGAGACUUAUGACGAGCGGAGUCAGAAGGUGCUCGAGGGGGAUGAGGCGGAGGUGGAGCGGCGCGCGGCCGAGGUGGGAAUGGGCGGCGUCAACGAUAUCAUGUUUGAUGUUGACGCCAUUCGCGCCGAGGCGCUGAAGCUUGCGCUGCAGGGUGGCGAUGUGGAGGAGAUCAAGAGCCAUUUGCAGAUUCGCGAGUUGCAGAGCACGCUGCCUGCGCUGCGGGUU